GAAGGGAGAUUGUCGAAUGCGCAGUAGCUCAUCAUCCAUCUGGUUCAUGUCUUUUUAGAGACGGUGUCACUCUGGCAGCUCUCAUUGCGAAUGCUAUACCCGUGUGUUCUGACCAAGGCAGUCAAACACGGGGCUGUAAGUCUGAGUGGUCAUGGCCUGACUCUUCAAAGUGCACACCCAGGAGUUUCCACUGAGGGACUCAGGGAAAUCAGGCAGACACGUGUGUUUGGGCUAGCAAAGCAUUGACUCGUUCCCAGAGUCUUGCCAAGGCCAGAGAUGGAUUUCUGUCUGAUGGGCCAGAAACAGAGAAACCUUCGGAAACAGGUGGACAUGGAGGCAGCAUUCUUCUCCCACAGAAUGUCACCAAUGAAUUUCCAGAGUAUGGCACGAUGGAACCAGAGGAAGAAGGGUUGAGGGCUUCCUCCGAGCGUCUAGCAGAGGCUGUAACAGGCAGUCCGGAGAGGAGAGAAGAUGACCGACUGCCCACUCUUUUUGCAAGUGGCACGUAUGCAGAUGAGCACAACUCUCGCGCUGAGGCCCCAUCGAAAGAAGAAACUUCGCCAUGUGCUGAUGGACAGACUGGGAUUAUGAACAUUUCUCCGGAGCGAGAAGCUGCGAAAGCACACAAGGGAGCGAACGCUUCUCUUUGUUCAGCGCUGCAGAUGGAAAAAGAAAGGAGUAUUGGCAGUCAAGGCGUGCAGGCAGCCAGAGAAUUGGUUCCAGCAGGCCAAGAAAAACCCUCAGACAUGCCUCCUCCAUCUGAAGUAAGAGCAGAGGAGAAACUGUAUUUGAUUGUAGAAAAAGAUCUGGCGGCAACAGUAACUGGAGAAAUGCCGUCAGAGUCCUCGAGAGCCAUCAAUAAUAAAACUGAGGAGGUCCUCAAGGUGAUGGAGACAAGCUGUCACAGACCAUCUGUACCAGCCUGGGAGGCAGACAGUGAAGUUGGGGGUGUGAGCCAUAUUCUGGGGGAGGGCUGGUCGGAUUUUGAGAAGGAAUUUUCAGCGUACAGUCCUAGAAAAAUCCAAGUGGAUCCUGGGAGGAGGCUCUCGAAGGAGGCAGCUGUGAGGAAACAUGUAGAAUUUCAAGGGGUGGAGAUUUUAUGGCUGCAGAAGGCAGAGGAGCAGAAAGGAGCAAAGCGUUCAGUGUCGGAGGCCAACGCACACGUACAAAGGACUGUGCCUGGAGACAUGAAGUUCUCCAAAGCGUCAAGCCACUCCCUUUCAGCCCCGAUGUCCCCGGGGUUGGUCACUUUGUCGGAGAGCGUUUGGAACGAAGCCCAGGCAGAUUUCAAAGCAGGAGUUGGCUCGGAGUCCUUUUCUCCAGCGUUGCUAGCUGUAGGUGGGGAGGAUGAAGUCUUUGUGAGGGAGGAAAUGGCUGAAGAGAAGAACCAUGUGCUAGAGACAGACAGCGAAAGGAUCAUGGAGGAGGAAGAAGCUGCCAAGGGAGGAUAUGAAGAUGUCCUUGGACAAAGGCAUGCAGAAGUCUCCAUUGAUGUGUAUAGCUCACAGUUUGAAAACAUUCUAGACAAUGCGUCUUUAUACUACAGUGCCGAAUCGCUGGAAACUUUAUGCUCAGAACCUGAUAGCUUCUUUAGUUUUGAAAUGCCACUCACGCCAAUGAUCCAGCAACGUAUCAAGGAAGGCAGUCAGUUCUUGGAAAGAACUUCCGCUUCGGGACAGCAAGCCGGCUGUAAACUUCCCACAAACGGUGAGAUCCGGGGUCACUGCGGAGAGACCCACAGCAGACUAAGGGAUGCAAGUGAUACCCUCUUCAGAACAGAUGUCACAGAGCUUACUGAAUUGGACAGCAAUGCUGGACUGAGAAAUUCGCUCUUCGACUCCACGGUGGCCAUGGGAAGCAACGAGCUCCCGGAGAAAGAUGGCGCUGAAAACCAUAGUAAAGAUCUCAGCAAUGGCACCAACAGCAAUUUGGAAGCAGCCAGAAGGCUGGCGAAGCGUCUCUACCAACUGGACCGAUUCAAGCGCUCUGAUGUGGCAAAGCACUUGGGGAAAAACAAUGAGUUCAGCAAACUUGUGGCUGAGGAAUACCUGAAGUUUUUUGAUUUCACGGGUAUGACGCUGGAUCACUCCCUCAGGACUUUCUUUAAAGCCUUUUCACUUAUUGGAGAAACUCAGGAGCGAGAGAGAGUAUUAAUCCACUUCUCCAACAGAUACUAUCAGUGUAACCCAAACACCGUUUCUACUCAAGAUGGAGUCCACUGUCUCACAUGUGCGGUGAUGCUGCUGAACACUGAUCUGCAUGGCCAUAACAUUGGGAAAAAGAUGACCUGCCAAGAGUUCAUUGCUAACCUCCAGGGCAUGGACGAGGGCAAAGAUUUCCCAAGAGGACUGCUGAAGGCUCUCUACAAUUCGAUCAAGAAUGAGAAGCUUGACUGGGCAGUAGAUGAAGAGGAGAAAAAAAAACCUCACUCAGACGGUACUGAUGAGAAGGAUAACGGGCCCCAUUCAAAGGCCAUCACUCGGAUCGGCCAUUCCAAUAACCCCUUCCUGGAUAUUCCUCAUGACCCCAAUGCUGCUGUGUAUAAAACUGGAUUUCUGGCUCGGAAAAUCCAUGCAGAUAUGGAUGGAAAAAAGACUCCCAGAGGGAAGCGUGGCUGGAAAACCUUCUACGCGGUGCUGAAGGGAACAGUGCUUUACUUGCAAAAGGAUGAAUAUAAGCCAGAGAAGGCUUUGUCUGAGGAGGAUCUGAAAAAUGCAGUUAGCAUGCACCAUGCGUUGGCAUCGAAGGCCACAGACUAUGAGAAGAGGCCCAACGUCCUAAAGCUCAAAACAGCUGACUGGAGAGUCCUGCUUUUCCAAGCCCCGAGCCCAGAAGAAAUGCAGGCAUGGAUCAACAAAAUCAAUUGUGUGGCAGCUGUAUUUUCGGCUCCACCGUUUCCAGCUGCUAUUGGUUCUCAGAAGAAGUUCAGCCGGCCACUUCUGCCAGCCACCACUACAAAGCUAUCUCAGGAGGAACAGCUGAAAUCACAUGAAACUAAGCUGAAGCAAAUCUCUACCGAGCUGGCCGAGCACCGCUCCUACCCACCGGACAAGAAACUGAAAGGCAAAGAAGUGGAUGACUACAAACUGAAAGACCACUAUCUGGAGUUUGAGAAAAUUCGCUAUGAGAUUUAUGUUGCCCUGCUGAAAGAAGGGGGGAAGAAGCUGCUGAGAAGUGGAGAAAAUGAUGGGUCCGGACUGAAGAAAUCCCAUUCGAGCCCCUCAUUAAAUCAGGAAUCUCCAGUGAGCGUCAAGGUGAAGCGAAACAUCUCCGAGAGGAAGGACUACAGGCCAGAGACACCCAGCACCAAACAGAAGGUCACUUAGACUGCAUGAGCCAGCUGGUGCAACAGCCAUGCAGCAAAAUACCAUUGGUCAACUUUUUCUUUUGCUCGCCUGUCAUUGACCAAAACAAACCAGUGCAUCUGCCUGAAUGGGGUGGUAGUGACAUUUCCUGUUGUAUAUUUUGUUGUUUCUGUACAGAUUGUGGGAGAGGUCUUUGCUCCUGAUUUGCUUUGCCUUGUUAAUUUAUCCUCUAACCAUUGAAGCGCCUCUUUUUUUUUUUAAAGGGGUGGGAGUAGGACUCCUUGCUUUAUUGCACGUCUCCUCCCUUUCUGUCCUCUCUUGUUGGCGCGUGACUUUCAAGUCACCUGUGACCUUUCUCGUUGCAGCGGGGGGAAGUCACUGGGCGAGAGCUGCAGCAUAGUGAAUGCUAGCUGCAGGGACGAAAAUGAAUUGUUGCACGGUUGCAGAGAUGGAGCUGAUCGCUCUCUGCAGGAGGUUAGUUACAGUCUGACCCGGGAGAUCUCCCAGCGACGUGAAACGUGCUGGUACUUGUACAACAGUGAUGGGAGGCCAUAUACACAGAUAGGGGACUGGAGGAUGGACCCACACAUACCCAGGGACUAAAAGAUGAGAAUCACCGGAAAUGCUGGGCAUACAGACUUAGAGCUGGUUUUUCAACGUGAAAGGUUUUUGGGGGGGACUAAUGGGGGUGCCCAAAGCCAUGUCUCUCUGGCUGGUUGGUUCAGCCAGAAGGAACUGUGUUUUUCCAUUUCAUUAAGCAAUAGGCUGUUGCAGAUGACAGCCCCUGUGUUUCUCAACAAUAUGUUCUCACGCUGCUGCUGUGUAGUUUUAACAUGAAUUGUUCAUCAGUUUCCCUCCUGAAUUGUGGUUCCUUUUUAGUAGGCACAGGUAUUCUGCAGUGUCUCUGGUCUGGAGGGAGGCGUUUGCCUCUUCUCUUUGGAAAGGAAGCCUGGUAAACCAUCCCUUGAAUGUUUCGCAAGUGUUGUGGAGGAGCAGGCUGGAGCAGAAGGCCUUAUGACUCAGAUUUAAUGGAAUAGAGACUAGUCUUAGAGCCAAGGUCUGAAACCCCCCUCCCAUACCACUUGCUCUGUCCCUGGCUGUUAGAAGAGUUGGGCCAACAAAACCUGUCCCCUGUGGAAUUUUUCUUUAAUAGUAACUCGUGUCCCCUAUAUAAGGGCAUGGCCUGGGGAAAAAGGGACUUGGCCGGGGUGUCUGUAUAACUCAGCUUUCCAAGGGUCGGAAACUGGGGAGUAUGAAGGUGACUAUGGCUAUGUCUACUCUGCAGCUCUUUUCCAGGAUACCGGGUAUCCCAGAAAAGCUAUGCCAAGGAAAGCGUCCGCUUCUCCGAAACAAUUUUUGGACACGUGCUUCCGCCAUCCCUGCAAAGCUCACUGUACGAGGAUGUGCCGAAAGAAGAGGUUUUUCCGACUUUUCUUUAUAGUGUAGACGCAGCCUAUGAGACACCUUUGCUUCUUCCCAGUGUCCACCCAGCUUGUGCCUACACAGCUCAGCCCACCUCGGGGAGCUAAUCCUUAGGAUAGUCCAGAUCCAUAUAACCGCAGUAGGUGGCCUUGAAGGAACCUCUAGGUAUCUCAAGUCCACUUUUUGCAGAGGUUGGUGUUUACAUCACAGAGAUCCUCACUGCAGAGGGUAUAUUUGUGGGCGGGCUCAGCAGAUAGGCCAAGGACUGAUUAGUUACGGGCAUUAAACUAUUCUAGAUUACUAAACUAGCAGGCAGGAGAGGGAGCAAUUAAGGAAGACAAGGACCUACAGAGAAGCUAAAUGAUUUCUCUGUGCCUCUACCACAGAGAAGAGGCACAUCUCCCCGAGGCUGGGCGGCUCACAAGAAUUUGCAGUCUGUUAUGGUAGAAAGCUAGAGGCUAUCCCGGGGGUGACUGCGGUUUACAGAGAUGUGAGGGGAGCCGGUCAACAUCAUCCAGUGUUUGGAGUUGUUUUUAGACCUCUAUUUUCUACUUAAAGUUAAGCCCAUUGCCUAAAGAGAACCCUUCCUGAAUUAGGGCCAAAAUGACGUACUAGAGUAGCAUGCUGGGAAGUGAAAUUCUCUUAGCAAGGGCAGGGCUAAUACACAUGGGAAGAAAUCAUUUGAGCUACUCAUCAUGGAGUAGCUGAUCAGACACUCUGGACUAAGUUCACUGUACAGUAGCAGUUUAAAAAAAAAGGGAGUAAAUGAGCGACUGAGUUAUACUGAGAGAGAAGACUGGAACGAUGAAAUGUCAUUACAUAGGGAGAUGACCUUGAGUUGUGCAAUUGUUUUGCAUCAAUUCCUUACAGGAACAGUACAGCAGAAACUGAAAAGGUGCAGAGGCGACUUAGUGGGAUCCCUGCUCACCUCCUAGGGGUACUGCAGCUCUACUCCAACCCUUACUCAAGGUCUCCAUGUACUCGUCUUCUUUGCAAGUGGAGUGCAGUGGUUGAAAAGGCAGAACAGUGACCGCUACAACAGUUUGCGUUGGCUUUUAAGAUUUCCUGGCUGCCCCUGGAUUGUGUUUGUAUUGUGGAUCAUCCCAGCAGAGGCUGACAUUCUGCCAUACAAUAUAUUUCUCGGUCCACGCAGCAGAAGCUGGCUAGUUUGUGCUCAUGACUGGGGAAUUCCUUGCAGAUGAGUGAAUUUCAAGCCGUUUGAAAAGUCAAAGGCAAGUGAAGCGCAAAAUGCAUUUUAUUUAUUUGUUUUCUGCUUGCGGAAUGGUGUUAAUUAUUUAUCGCACUACUCCAGAGUGCACUUGUAAAUGGAUUGUGAUCUGUUUUGUAAAGCGGAUGCUGUCUUAGUUAAAAUGCGGUUUUACGGCAGCCUGUGGCCGUUCAGUAAUCCUGGAGAGCCCCCCAGCUUUAUGGCAAGAGUUCUGAGGGGGGCAGAUGAGCGAGCUGAAGGUUGGUGAGGUUCUGGGAUUGUUUGGAAUAGGCGUCCUUUCUCAGUUGGCCAGUGUUGCUAUGUCCUUCGAAGGGUUGGAGUGAAACAAGUAAAGAGAAAACACAAAGGCAGAUCCCACCGCCAUUGACAUCAGGGGGCAAAACUCCACAGACUCAGAGCGAGCUGGGAGUACUGACCCAUAUUGCAGCUUGGUUUGCUUGCGGCAUUACAGUGUAGCAGAUAGGGUGGGCUAGAUUUUCAGAAGGUGAAAAUGAGCAUUGAAGAGCCUGGAGCUAUGUCGUUCCUCCCUCUGGGAAUGUAGCCCAGGAUGUACUGCACAUUAUUUUCAAGGUACUCUGCUUCCCAGCUCCUGGGUAUUUGCUUUUAGAAGAGAGGAGAAAUGUGUGAUAGUACAGAUGCCUAAGCCUGCUGUGAAGAAGCACUGCAGUUCGAGAGAGACAAGGGUGCAAAGGGGACUUUUUUAAGCUACUUUUGUGUUUCUGUUGCCAUGGCCAGUGUGCCAGGCUGGUCUUCUGGUGCAAGUCAGAGCAGCCUACAGGCUGCUGUAAAUUACACCGGGUGCCCAGGAAAACAUGGCCACCAGGGAAUGUU